AUGAUGAAUGAGAUUUUUCAGGUUCGGAAUAACUUCCAUCUUCGGAAAUCAAUUCAGUUACAUUUAAAAUUUCAGAAAAUUACGGAGUUAGCUAGAAAUCAAGUAAAGAAAGAGAAUUUGGUAAACAAGAAAACAAAAGAUCAAGGAAGAUUCAUCGAUUUACCUGGUGCAGAAAAAGGAAAAGUAGUUGUUCGAUUUCCACCUGAAGCUAGCGGAUAUUUGCAUAUUGGGCAUGCGAAAGCAGUUCUUUUAAAUCAGUAUUAUCAGCAGACUUUUGAAGGCAAACUGAUCAUGCGUUUUGAUGACACGAAUCCAGCCAAAGAAAAUGCUUAUUUCGAGCAGGUAAUAUUAGAUGAUCUGAAAAUGUUGGGAGUCAAACCAGAUUAUUGGUCUCAUACCUCCGAUUAUUUUGAAUUAAUGAUGAAGAUGUGUGAACGUUUGUUACAAGAAAACAAGGCGUAUGUUGACGAUACAGAUAGUGAAACAAUGAAAAAGGAGCGUGAGGAGCGUAAGGAAAGUCGAUGCCGUAGCAAUGCUGUGGAUCAAAAUUUGGAACUGUGGACUGAAAUGAAGAAAGCAACAAAACACGGACAACAAUGCUGUGUGCGAAUUAAGAUCGACAUGAAAAACAAUAAUGGUGCAAUGCGUGAUCCGACAAUUUAUCGCUGUAAAGUUGAAAGUCAUAUUCGAACAGGAAACAAAUAUAAAGUUUAUCCAACAUACGAUUUUGCAUGUCCGAUCGUAGACAGUGUUGAGGGUGUAACACAUGCCCUUCGUACUACUGAAUAUAUAGAUCGCGAUGAACAGUAUUAUUUUAUUUGUGACGUUCUUGGACUUAGAAAGCCAUAUAUUUGGUCAUAUGCUCGAUUAAACAUGAUGAAUGCUGUAAUGAGCAAGCGGAAACUUCUUUGGCUUGUUGAUGAGCAUCAUGUAGAAGGAUGGGAUGAUCCUCGAUUACCAACUGUACGAGGUAUUGUGAGACGAGGAUUGACUGUAGAAGGCUUAAAGCAAUUCAUUCUUGCUCAAGGUGGCAGCCGUGCUGUCGUCAUGAUGGAAUGGGAUAAAAUUUGGUCCUUUAACAAAAAAGUAAUUGAUCCAAUUGCACCUCGUUAUACUGCUCUACUUGCCGAGAAGAAUCCAGUGCAAGUGACAAUCAUAGAUAAUAUCAUAGAGGAAUCAAAGGAAGUAUCAUUGCAUCCCAAGAAUAUUCAAAAUGGGACAAAAACUGUUUGGUAUAGUAGAAAAUUAAUGAUAGAAGAAGUUGAUGCAUGUGAAAUGAAUGUUGGUGAUACGGUCACGUUUAUUAACUGGGGAAAUAUGAAAAUCUGUAAUAUUAUGAAAGAUGGCAACAGAAUAACUGAAAUUAAAGCAAAAUUAGAUCUAGAUAACAAGGAUUAUAAAAAAACGUUUAAAGUUACUUGGAUUGCCAAUGCGCACGAGAAUUCAUCAAUACCAAUCAAAGUAGUUGAAUAUUCUCAUAUCAUCAGUAAAGCGAUCGUUGCCAAAGAUGAAAAUUGGAAAGAUUUCGUCAAUUACAAGUCCGUGAAAUAUAUCGACAUGAUAGGUGAGUCAGCGAUGAAGAAAAUAAACAAAGGUGAUAUUAUCCAAUUACAGCGUAAAGGAUAUUACAUAUGUGAUUCAGUCUACAGUGCCAAAAGUGAGUAUUCUGGAAUCGAAAUGCCUAUUGUUUUAAUAUCAAUACCAGAUGGAAGCAACAAAUCUGGAGUUGUUCAUGAGGUGAGGAAAACUUUUUUCUUUUAUCACUUCUGUUGCGUUUACCAUACAAGAUUCUUUUUCAUUCUAGUACUUUCAGAAAGAAUUGGCUCAAAUGGUGCAAUAACUGUUCAGGACUUCGAAAAAAUUGAGGAAGGAUCUUGUCAGAUGACUCUGAUGUCUGAACAAGUCAAAGAAAGUGUAUUCAACGAUGACUUGUAUCGAAGCAUCGAUCAGCAAAGGGAUCUUGUGAGGUCUUUGAAAUCCAUUGAUCCAACAAGCCAAGAAACUAAGUCAGCAAUUUUAAAGUUGCUGGAUUUAAAGAAGCAGUGGGAACAAAAAACGGGUCUGAACCUAUAUGAGCAAAUAUACCCAUGUUCCCAGAGUUAUCUUCGUCAAAUUAACUUGCUGCUACAAGUGGCCUUGCGUCCAUUCUUAAGCGCUCAGAAAAAUUGCAAGCUUAUUAAUUUUCGAAAUGUCUGCUGA